AUGCUGCCUGUAUUUUAUACAAUCGUUAAACUCCUUGCUAUGCUAUCCAGUGGAUUUGUAAACAGCGAACCAACUGCAGUAGUGGAUACACAAUGUGGACCAGUGGAAGGUAAAUAUAAUGGUCAAGGAUACGCAUUUCGUGGAAUUCCUUAUUCACUUCCACCCACGGGGAAUAGACGAUGGAAACCGCCGAUUCCACUCAACAAACAAGCUGGAAACUGCUGGGAUGGCAUUUUCAAGGCUUAUGCUUACGGGAAUACAUGCAUGCAGAGGAAUCCGGAGAACCAGACAGCCAUUUUAGGGAGUGAAGAUUGUCUAUACCUCAACGUGUGGACACCUACCAUCAAUAUAAGUGCUAACCUGCACGUGAUGGUCUGGAUCCAUGGAGGAAGUUUACAAGAAUCUAACGCAAAUUGGCCGACUUACUGUCCAUCGGAAGAACUGGCUCGUGACACCAACAUCGUGUAUGUAGGUAUGAACUAUCGUCUCAAUGCAUUUGGUUUCAUGUCCCUUUCCUUGUUAUCGGAGCAGUCAAAGACCAACACGUCAGGCAACUAUGGAUUCAUGGAUCAAAUUCUGGCCCUGAGAUGGGUUCAGGAUAAUGUGAGAAACUUUGGCGGAAAUCCAGACUCGGUCACACUGUUUGGACAAAGCUCCGGAGGAACAAGUAUCGGUGCUUUACUGGCUUCAGAGCAAGCCAGAGGGUUGUUCCACAAAGCGUGGAUGCUCAGUGCUUCAGCAGUUUUCAACAAAACAUCUCAAGAGGCAUCCAUGGAUAAUCUUGUCUUCUUGAAAAACACCGGAUGUACAAAUAUCACAUGUCUGUAUGACCUUCCGGCUUCUAAGAUAAUCAGUUCUGUACCAUGGGAAGUGUACCCAUUCUGGGAAAUGAGAGACCAAGGUGACCUUCCGAAGAAAGAUCAUUUCAACGGUGCCAUAGCUGUUGUAGACGGAGAUGUUGUGACGUAUCCUCCCUACAAAGCAUGGCAACAAGGCCUUGCUAUAGACGUCCCCCUGCUUAUUGGUACAACUACGAAUGAGAUUGAUUUUGAUCCUACUUUAUCAACCAUGAAUAUGUGGAAUUGGACCGAGUAUGAACGACAGGUCAAAGGUCAUUUGGGGACAUUUGGAUCUAAACUCGCGGAUGAUGCAUUGGGAAUGUACCCAAUAAAUGUAACGUCACCGGAAUAUGAGUACACGAGAAUGGGUACAGACAUUCGUGUAGGAUGCCCCAAUGAUUUUAUGUCCGGAGUUAUCAGUUUUAAUAUGAAAUCACCGGUCUAUAGAUACGUCGUGACGUCACAGCCUUCGGAACCUGUUCAUGUAUUUGGGAUGCCCUUUCCAUCAUCUUAUUCGUUUCACAUGUGGGAUCUAUUUGCAUAUUUUGAUACGAUUAAAGAUUACAUCAAACCGCCAGCCACUUCCGAUCGAAAUUUCCAGGAGACGAUUCAACGAGAGGUUUUGUCGUUCGUCCGAUCCGGUACACCAUCUACCAAAGACUGGCAAUCAUAUUCGCAUGACGUGACCGCACUUUUAUCUGAAGAUAUAUCUGUUGUGUCUAAUUAUAAAAAAGACACGUGUCUGUUCUGGUCAUUGAACGGAUUGUUAAAUUAUGGAUGGAUAAACUGA